AUGCAAUACCCGGACGAAACUAUUGAUAUUUCCCAAUUAACGAUGAAAGAAUUUGUCGGUCAUUCUCGACAUUUGUUUACUCAGAUGCAGGACGAUCAGACGGAGGUUGAUUUCAUUCGCUUUGUGCUAGCCGCAAGGGUUGGGCCACUCGCAGAUGAAGAGCUCGACCAAUACCAAGUUCGUUUAAAUUGCUUACAAGGCAUUCCCACUCCUCCUGAGAUCGAUAUUACUCGCGACCUCGACUCGGUCAUUGGGGUAUCGGACACGCUACCAUAUACCAGUACAUUAUCGAUCUGGCCCCUUCCUCCAUUCAGAGAAACAUUGAAGAAAGACAAUCAUGUCAAGAGUCGUGCAUAUAAUAGUCAGGGCGCAGAGAUUGAAGUUCCGAUGCACAAAAUUCCCAACAUGCCCUUGGGCAAAGUUCAGCAACGGCACGUUGUGAGAAUUUUCUUCCCGCGGCUCUACAGUACAGAAUGGCCGGUCGACCAAUUGACUCAGGACAAAUUAGCUCUCAUAUACGAUCAAUGCCUCCGUCCUACAAUGUUGGAGGUUGUGCCCGAAUCACGCGAUAAAUGGCCGACCACUUAUGCAGCCGCAUAUGCACAAUCCAGGAGUCGCACUGGUUCGCUCGCUUUCAGCAGUACAGACAUUCCCUGGUAUAGGUUAGAACAGGUUGCAACGACUCUGCUAGCCAAACUUGCGGAUCUGGGACCUGGAUUCAGGGACGCCUAUUUUGGGCAUGAGCUGAGAGGAACGAAAGGUGCUACCAUCCACAACGGGAGGGAUGAAGAUGAGCGACGCCUGGCGAUGGACGAUUUAUUUGAGCAUGUCGAUGUCGACAGCUUGGAUCCUGAGCAAUGGCACGUGGAUGUUGCACUGACCAUCGGCGUACCAGGCCACCUAGCGCGGCCAGAGCUCCUGCAGACCGCAGACCUUCCGUUUACUAAAGCACAAUACUGUGUCUGCACAGAUGACCAAUGGACGAUGCACUUUGAUCGUCUCUUUCCCGAAACUAUCGAGAAUGCUAAACGUCAGAACUUUGGGAGAUGUACAUACUACACCAAGUAUGUGGCUUUUGCCAGAGUUAUAACGAAGAAAUCUUUGUCCAGAGCCCGACGUGUGCUCAAGGCCGAAUUCGAUAAGCUGGCAUGGGUGCCGUACACCCGGACAGACCGUCUGUGGUCAUCAGGAAAGAUGCAGGGUGCCGCAUGGGAGAUGCUUCCUCGCGGGGCAAAUAGAGGAGGGCCAGCGAUUGCCAUCAACCCGCUGCGCAGGAGGGAACUGGUCACCUUGCGCGUGUUUGAUCAGCCCGGGAACGGCGACUCUGAGUCCGAGGGGGAGGAGUGA